AGGAAGCGUCUCGUCGCUGGUACGCAGCAGGGUGAUGAAGUCAAGCCGGGGAAACGCGUAGGAGUUGCUCGCUUCGCUUUGGAAAUGAGGCCCAGCUCGCUAUCGCCCCCGGUUAUCACCGUCAUCGCGAUUUUUACGGCCCUGACGAGCGCCGGCGAUCAAGAAAGAGAAGUCUGGUACGAGGCUGCGACCAGAGCCAUCGAAUCGCGGGUCAGGCAGAUGGCAGCAGCCUCCGGAAACCCCGGCACAACGCCGACGGGCGUUGCCCGAGGUGUCGUCCUCUUCGUCGGCGACGGUAUGGGCCUUAGCACCCUGACGGCUGCCCGAAUCCUGUCGGGUCAACGCCACGGCAACACUGGAGAGGAGGCUGAGCUCGCCUGGGACACCUUUCCGGCCGUCGCCUUGGCGAGGACCUACAACAUGGACGCUCAGGUCGGCGAGUCUUCGGCCUGCGCAACUGCCCUGCUUUGCGGGGUUAAGGCCAACUACGAAACCGUCGGACUCGAUUCCUCCGCAAGAUUCGAGAACUGCUUCUCGAGCCAAAACGCGAAGGUUCCAUCGCUGAUCAGCUGGGCCCAACAGCAAGGGAAAUCAACCGGCGUAGUGACGACGACGAGAGUGACACACGCGACGCCAGCAGCGUUGUUCAGCCACGCAUCUAGUCGCUACUGGGAGGAUGACGGCAAGGUUCCACCGGCUGCGAGACGCUCCUGUAAGGACAUUGCUCGACAGCUUCUCGAGGAUGAGCCUGGCCGUAACAUCAACGUUCUCCUGGGCGGAGGCAGAAGGCACUUCGUACCCAAGGUUGCCAUGGAUCCCGAGGAACCUGACAAGGAGGGCCGCCGACUCGACGGCCGGAACCUGAUUGAGGAAUGGUCACGCGAGCGUCGCCUUCGCAACAUCGAGGCCGAGUACGUGUGGAAUAAGGAACAACUGGAGAACGUUGACCCUCGCAAGGUCAAGCACUUACUCGGUUUGUUCGCCUACUCGCACAUGGAUUUCGACGUCGAUCGAAACACUAAUGGUACGGGUGACCCGUCGCUAACUGAAAUGACUUUGAAGGCGCUGCGUAUACUGAUGAAAAAUCCAGAGGGAUUCUUUCUGUUUGUCGAAGGUGGUAGGAUCGAUCACGCCCAUCACUACAACAACGCUUAUCGGGCCUUGGACGAGACUCUGGCGUUAGAGGAGGCAGUUCGGGCGGUCAUGGACGAAGUUGAUCUCUCAGAAACGCUCCUGCUGGUGACAGCGGACCACUCCCACGUACUGACUCUCGGAGGGUUGGCUACUCACCGGGGCAACCCGAUCCUAGGUUCAGACAGCAAGGUAUCGGACCUGGACGGGAAACCUUACACAACUCUUUUGUAUAGCAACGGACCUGGGCACACCGAACCAAGAUCGAUUCUUCGAGAAGCUGGAAAGGAUUCGAUUCAGACCGCCGGAGUACCGCGCGCCUGGGCGACCCAUGGGGGUGAGGACGUCCCCGUUUUCGCUAUCGGACCGUUGGCGACGACGUUGUUCUCCGGAAGCGUGGACCAGAGCUACAUACCCCACGCGAUAUCGUACGCAGCCUGCUUCGCUCAUCACGCCAGUCGGUGUGCCCGGGAAUCUGCAGUAAACAACACGAGCAGCCCACAAUUGAGCUGCCCUUCGGCCGAGCCGAACAGCGCUGCAAUUUCCAGCGACGUGAUGAACGACCAGGCGAGAAAUCCGGCCUCGGGUUCGGCGGAGGUUCCCCAGGCUCUCCGCUUCUUCGUCAUUUCACUUGUCAUCUUCCUGCGGGCCGUUUUAUCUCUUCAAAUGCCACCGAGUUAAUGUCCGAAAGUUAUGGGAAGAGUGACGAACUUUUAUAAAUAGGCCAAAGAAAAAGAAGAAGGCCGGGAAUUGGAGGCCCCUUCAAGCUUAGGUAAACGA